GGGUGCAGCUACGAGUCGCGCGAGCGCCGCAGUGUUUGUCAGUCCUUCGUAUGGACAUCACGUUCGAUGAGACCGAUAGUACUCGCCGGUAUUGGCAUUCGUAUAUAUAUAUACACAUAUAUAUAUAUAAUCUAUAUAUAACGCUUUUGGCGGCAUCCAUCAUCGUCGAUAGCAUCGUCGAUCGUGCAACGUCAAUUCCGCCCCGUAGAUGAACUCGCGGCACGCGUUGUCGCGAUUCCCGAUAUCGUCGUUGUCUCGUCACUUUGCCCGCGAGCAGACGAGCGGCGUCGCGAGAUCCCACCGGACAGCGGACGAGAUGUGAAGACGUCGCCUUGGAAGCGAUGUGGCUUCCGUUAGUACUGCUCGCCUUGAUGGCGAGCGGUUCCGCCUGUCCGGACCUUUGCGAGUGUCAUCACCAGAAUGGUGUCGAGAAAAACGACUUCGCGCCGAUUUUGUUAGACGUGACGUGUCGUGGACGCGUACCCGGUCUAUCGGAAAUACCCGUGGGAGUGAGAAGUUUCUCGGUGAACAGCGCCGAGAGAACGGACAUCGCUGUUCUCUUGGACGAGCUCGAGACCGCCGAUCUAGUGAAAAAUCUCGGGAUGAUCGAUAUCCCGGAUAAUAAUCUCAAGAUGAACGACACGUCGGGGACGAACGAUACGUCGUCGGAGAAACUAGCGGACGUAACGGCAGAAGCGCUGCCGUAUUUAAUCGAAUUCGCGGUGACAAAUUGUUCGUUGGUAUCGUUAAACACGUCGUGGCGCGGUUUCGAGCGUUUGAGGUCGCUGAAUCUGUCGUGCAACAAUUUGCCGCAAGUAAAGGACAUGCUAAUGAUUCACGCGGUGAAUCUAAGUGAGCUGACAUGCCUCGAUUUAUCGGAUAACUCGUUGUCGGACAUUAGUGUCGGUUCUUUUAGGACGCUCACCGGACUCAUGCGUUUGAGCUUACGUAAAAACGCGAUCGGCAUAGUGGACGAGAAGGCGUUUUGCGGUUUAGAUCGAUUGGAAUUUCUCGAUCUAUCGGACAACAGGUUGGCAGACUUGCCGGAUAGCGCGCUUACGCCGUUAUAUUCCUUGCAGAAACUCGAUCUGAGCGGCAACCAAUUACAAGUUUUAGGCGCCAGGUGGUUCGAAAGUCUCGACAGAUUGAGAGAACUCGACGUUUCGAGAAAUGGAUUGGCCAGAGCGGCCUCAGGAACGUUGCAACCAUUAUCGGGGCUUUCUGUUUUGAGACUCGCGGAAAAUCCGCUAAAAGAGAGAGAUGUAUCUCUAUUAUUGGGUACCGGAAGAAGAUUAGAGACGGUAGACGCAUCUCGAACUGGAUUGGCGAGAGUUCCAGCCGCUUUAACGAGAUCAGUCAGGGCGCUCAGACUUGCUGGUAACAAACUGACUACUAUCCGCAGCGGCGACUUGGACAGUUAUCCCCUGCUACGUAUGUUAGAUAUCGCCGAUAAUCGUCUGACGGAUAUCGAGAACGACGCUUUAGGGCGGCUGGAGGUUUUAGAAGAGCUCGAUCUGUCUGGAAACGCACUUUCGAAAAUACCAGGAAGUUUGCCAAGCAGUCUCAUAAUGCUUAAGCUUCAACGAAACGCGAUAACUGCGCUAAAGCUCGACGAUCUCAAUGGAUUGUACAACCUACGAUCGCUGACAUUGAACGAUAAUGACAUCAGCGAGAUCGAAGUAGGCGCACUUGGUCAACUGCCUCUGCUCGCCGAACUGGAUCUAUCCGAUAAUCCUAUCAAAGCGUUAUCAACUAAUACUCUAAGUGGGCCGAGUAAUCUGGCCAAGCUCCGGAUGUCGGGUCUAACAUCGCUUCAACGACACCAGGAAGAACAAAGUGAUAUGGCGUUCCCUGUACCGACACCGGAGAGACUAAUAAUGUUAGACGUGUCGCGUAGUCCGGUUCUUGCGGGACAAUUAUUGGCGGAUGACGCUGCAUUGUCCGCCUGUAAGAGCCUAAUAGAGCUAAAUCUUUCGGCGACCAACAUCAGCAGCAUUAGAUCCGAUCUCGCGUUUAUGCUGCCGCAGCUGCGUGUUCUUAAGCUCGGCAAAAACAAUUGGAAUUGCACGGGAGAUCUCUACUGGUUGGGCGAAUGGAUUAGACAGCACCGCGAAUCGAAUCAACAAUCGAACCAACCGGCUCGAUGUUUCAGUCCGCGGAAAUUGGCGGGAUUAUUUUUGCACGAGCUGCCACCACCGCCGAAUUCCAUUUCCACGAUCGCGGCAACCAUCACGACGGCAACGACGAGCAUUUCGAUUACCGCAUCUGUCGUCUUCACUGAUCAGCCAAACGUCACAGUAUCGUCUUCCAAUAUCGAAGGUGCGAAUUUUCAGCGCAACAUCACGGAUCCUCCGGCAUUAUUUUCUAAAAAAAACGCGAGAACCGAAUCAAAAGUCGAAGGUGUAGCUGAUUCGAAUGUUUUCUCGUCCGCGAAAACCGCCAUUACGACGAAAAUACAAAAAAAACCAUCGCGAAUCUACGAGGCACCGACGUCCUUCCGUAACGUAACAUCGUCAAUCACGACGCGAACGAGUAGGGAACCGGGUCGAAAGAGCGAUAAAACAAAUCGUAUCUCGAUGGAUCAGAAUUUAAUCAAGAACGCCGUCAUUCCGUCGGCCUCUCGAGCACCGCACGACCCCAAGCUAUCCAUUAUAGGAAUGGAAGACGCGGAAUCGCCUCCGCAAACUUUCGAUAAUCGGGCCGACGGCGAGACGCGAAAAAACGAAACGAGCAAACUUGCCGCGUCAGGCGACGGCGAGAUUCUUUCGUCGGCGACUUCGCACGUGAAAGGAAAAACGAUCGAGAAGGCAAAGGAGAGCGCGGUGUCGGACGAUUCGAAAACGAUAGCGGAGAAAUUGAACAGCCGAGCGACCGAUUCAGCCGGCGCUAGAGUCUCCGAAGCUCUAUCCGCCGGUGCUCAUCCCGGAAUGUUGGUGUUGGUCGGCGCGGCUCUCGGCGCUGUCGCGGCGCUCACCGUCGUCCUUUCGCGAAGAGCAACCGUGCAUCGGACGGAUCGGUAUCAUCGCCACGAAAACAUCGAGGUGCACACUCUCACGCCUACCGCGGACCUUUGGUGACCCGAAUCGGAAUAUGUUCGUCUGUUCGAAAGAGACAGGCAAUUAGACAUCGAGAAUCGCGACCGAGAAGCGUCGGCGACGUUGCCUCAACAAUCACGAAGAAAAUUACGGCUGAUCGACGUGUGUCUGAGAAAAAUUUUCAAGUAACAAGCGCAAUAUAUCGCUGAUCAAAGGCGCGCAUCUUGUUAUUGUGACGAGAUCUAAAUGGAUCUGCCGAGCACGAUAACUAAAGUGUUAAUCAGAAAGUUGGAAGCAUCCUCCUGACUGGGGAAACCACAGAGAAGAGGACGGGCGACUAAACGUCGAAGUUGGGAACGAGAUACUCCGAGCUAAUCCGUAUCGCUUCGGAAACCGCCAAUACGUUGCGGAUUACGAGGCAAUACCUUGCAAAAAUAAUUAAUUAUUCAACGAUGAUUUCAAUCUUCUGUAAAUAAUAAGAGAAAGGCAUAACAUUGCCGAGAGACUACCGAGAAUCUAAAAUUCAUAAUCAGAGAAAAAUAUCCAUAUAGAAAAUAGUGUUACUUAUAAAAUCAGUUUCUGUAAUCACACGCAUGUAUCUGGCAUAUCGAGUUCUUUGCAAAUCAUGAAUAAUUUUGUAAAAUCAUUUCAAUGUCGAUAUCGGUAUAAUCUAUCCGGUGAAAAUUAUCCGACGAUAACACUGUUCAAACUCCAUCAACAGCGGAGAUGCAGACGUCAAGCAUUGUAACCAAGACGUUAAAAGCACGAACGAGAAUCACCGCGCCAUUUUAUAUAGAGUUUGACAUAUAUAAACACAUCCGGAGCAACACAUGCCGAAAAAUACAGGACGCAUCCUACAAACUAAAAACUCGGGGAAAAAACUGCGUGCGAAAAAUUCGACACAAUUUCGAAUCGUGCAUCGCGGUUGAUCGAUGCCGCGCGAGACCUUCAUGAUAAUAAAUUGCCAAUUGUAAAAAGAAACGCACAAAUGAAAACAGCUAAAUGAAAUAAUAUACGAGAAGUCUAAAUUCGCCAAAUUCUCGACAUUAGUGCUUAAUAUUUUCUGACAUCUUCGGUAUUGCACACGUGUCGUAAUCAAGUGACAAUAUUCACGAGUAAGCGGACUUACCGAUUUAAUUAUUUGUCUAAAAUCAGACCGAUAAAUUGGACAUAGUGACAAUAAUAAUGGUUACAUGCCGCGUUUCGAGAGUUUGACUCUUCGCGGUACGCUCAAUUCCUAAGAAGACUAUAUUGUGACUGAAAUAAAGUGCGAGUGUAAUAAAAGUAGGAAGAGAGCAUAAGGCUAGCAAAAGAUAGAAAAACGUGGACGUGGUAGAGAAACAGGUAGGACAGCGCCAAAAUAAUGCAGAAUGUAGGAAAAAGGAGGAAAAAAAGUGCGAAAAAUUUGCGGUGGCAAAUAGUAUGCUUGAACGAUAAAAUUAGACUUUUAUCGAAAAGUGUGUGCAUGUACGAAAAAUCGAGUGUGUAAGAGAAAGAGAGAAAGAAAAAGAAAGAAGGAUAAUCCGAAAAACCAUUCGCGAAUGCAGUAAAAAAACGGGAUGUACAGAAAUAUUGCUUCCAUACUUAAUUCCACUAAGCUUGGUGAGCCGUCAAGACUUCUUAAUAAAUACAAAAAUGAAAGAGAGAAUCACAUCUUGCGAGAGAGAAAGAGAGAGAGAGAGAGAGAGGGAGAGUGAGAAAGAGAGAGCGAGAGCAGAUAGACAAAUAACGAAGAGGCUAAAUAUUAUCUUUCUUAAAAUAACCAGUGUCAAAAUACCGCUAUAAUAAUAAACCGAUGUACAAAGAUA